UUCCGGUAGCCACGCCCCAGGCCCUGCUUAGGGGAGGUUUUGAAAGCCCACAGUGGGCUGUGCUGCUCAGGUGAGCAACCGGCAGUGGUGUGCUUGAAACCGUCUUGCAGCCUCCUCUGCGGCCUUGCUGGGGAGGAUUCGAACCCGCUUUGGACAUAUUAGGAAGGUGUGAUUUCCAAAGCCAAUUAUGAAGACAUUUGUCAUUGGAAUUGGUGGUGUGACAAAUGGAGGGAAGACAACACUGGCUAAGAACCUACAGAAACACCUUCCCAACUGCAGCGUAAUAUCUCAGGACGACUUCUUCAAGCCAGAGUCUGAGAUAGACAUAGAUGAGAAUGGUUUUCUGCAGUAUGAUGUGCUUGAAGCACUUAACAUGGAAAAAAUGAUGUCAGCCGUUUCCUGUUGGAUGGAAAACCCAGGAAGCUCUGCGAGGCCAGCAGCCUUGGAAAGUGCUCAAGGGGUUCCCAUUUUAAUUAUUGAAGGGUUCCUGCUCUUUAAUUAUAAGCCUCUGGACCCCAUAUGGAACAGAAGCUAUUUCCUGACCGUUCCAUAUGAAGAAUGUAAGAGAAGGAGGAGUACCAGAGUCUAUGAGCCUCCAGACCCUCCAGGGUACUUCGAUGGCCACGUGUGGCCCAUGUACCUGAAGCACAGGCAGGAGAUGAACUCCAUCACCUGGGACAUUGUUUACCUGGACGGAACAAGGUCUGAAGAGGACCUCUUCUCCCAAGUGUAUGAAGAUGUCAAGCGAGAAUUAGAGAAGCAAGAUGAUUUUCACCAGGUCUCUGUUUUGCAAAUACAGUGUUUCUGA